AUUAUCGACAGUACUACAGUUACAUCAUUGAAGUGACUCAAAAUUCAAAUGUCAUUUUGUUUCAAAGCACCACUUUCGUUCCGUACGGCAGCCCACGUAAAAUGUUUUCGUUGGUUACCGGCGCUGAGCCGGUCGGGCCAGUUGGGUUUAAAUAGCAGGCGAUCGUCGUGCAAUCUGCUCAGUUUUGGCAGCGGCGCUAAGUCGAGGGGGGACUCGAAUAGCAGGGAAGGGGUUGGCUAAGCAGUGGAGCUUGUUAGACAGGAGGGGUACGCGAGAACGGGGCGCUGGGCACUUAACGCUGUCUGAUCACAGUACGCCUUAGGGGUUGCUUGGCUAUCUAACGAAAACUACAAGUUUUAUUGACUCUCUGAGAAACUCGGACACUUUUAUGAAUAUUUAACAGUACGACCCAUUCUUUUUUUAAGAAUUAAUAACCGUAUUUGGUUUAAUUUACAGUUUCUAGACUUGACUAGGCAAGACUAUUUUAUAUGUUGAAGACGCUUCGUUUUUGUACUCUCCGAGUCCUUUUGACUUUUUUUUCUGUUUUUUAUUAUAAGCCAAAGUGUGAGCCGGUUAAAGAAGCUGAACGUUUAAUUCGUUCUUAGUCUUCUGGUGCAUAGACUGCCAAUUUUAUGAUCACUGGGCUUCAGUAAUUACCAUUAGCUACUACUGAUUCCCUUUUAUUGUAGCUUAUUUAUUUAAGAAAAAUAUUUAUUUGUGCGUACUCGCUGCCAAAGCGCUGCUCAUCAUGAAUAUUGUUGCCGAGUUUUUCGUGGUCGCCUUCAAGGUGCUCUGGGCGUUUGUACUUUCCGCUCUCAAGUGGUUCGUGCGACCCAAAGAGAAGAGUGUGGCCGGCCAGGUGUGCCUCAUCACCGGUGCGGGCAGCGGCCUCGGGCGCCUGUUUGCCAAGGAGUUCGCGCGGCGGCGAGCAAUUCUGGUCCUGUGGGACAUCAACAGCCAGGGCAACGAAGAGACUGCCGAGAUGGUGCGCCAGAUCUACAAGGAGUUGGGCAGCCAGCAAACGGACGGUGCUAUGGAAGAGGUUACAACUUUCCAACCCCAAGUUUAUACCUAUGUAUGUGAUGUGGGAAAGCGUGAUAAUGUUUACCAGACUGCUGAAAAAGUACGCCGAGAAGUGGGAGAUAUCGAUGUCCUCGUCAACAACGCUGGUGUUGUAUCCGGCCACCACCUGCUAGAGUGUCCUGACGAGCUCAUAGAGAGGACCAUGAUGGUGAACUGUCAUGCUCACUUUUGGACUACCAAAGCUUUUCUUCCCAAGAUGCUGGAGAUCAAUCACGGCCACAUUGUGACAGUUGCAAGUUCUCUUGGGUUGUUCAGCACCGCUGGAGUGGAGGAUUACUGUGCAAGUAAAUUUGGUGCAGUCGGCUUCCAUGAAUCUUUAAGUCACGAGCUGAAAGCUGCAGAUAAGGAUGGCAUCAAAAUGACACUUGUUUGCCCGUACCUUGUAGACACUGGCAUGUUUCGAGGCUGCAGAAUCCGCAAAGAAAUUGAACCAUUUCUUCCUCCCCUGAAACCAGAGUAUUGUGUCAAACAAGCUAUGAAUGCAAUCCUCACUGAUCAACCGAUGAUCUGCACGCCUCGCCUCAUGUACAUGGUUAACUUCAUGAAAAGCAUCCUUCCCUUUGAGGCUGUGGUGUGCAUGUAUCGGUUUUUGGGAGCAGACAAAUGCAUGUACCCUUUUAUUGCACAAAGAAAGCAAGCAAUGAACAACAAUGAAGCUAAAAAUGGAAUCUAAGUCUGCUAGUGUGUUUGGAGGGCAGACUCCUUCAUGGCGAGGGGACACAAACCACUGAAGGUUCUUGUUUUUGAAGACUGAAUGAAUGAAUGAAGACUGGUGCACUUGCAUUGACGAGAUGCAAAGGUUUUACCAUAUUGUUCUCCUGGAACAAAAAGAAAGCUGUGUACUACACUUUGUUUUUUUCCCCCCUUUGCUGAAACUUAUCUUGUUUAUAUACUGUAAACAUUCUAGAAGUUGACAAAGAAUAGUUUUAAAGAAUAUGCAAAAUUAUUCAAGAAAUAUGUUAUUUACUUAAUGUAGUCACCAGCAGCAUUUAAUGUUUUAUGUGUGGUAAUAUACAGUAUGUUACUGUAUGAAAUGUCUAUGAAAUGGUGAAUCUUGUCACUUUUUUGUUUUUUUCCUUUGUAGACAUGCACUGUAAUUUUGAGGCCCUGCUCUACUGCCAAUGGUGCCCACCUCCCAUGCUGAGCAUUUCAUUAUGCAUUAUUGUAGCUCUCUUGAAGCAUUGAUUGAGUUUUUUUUUUUUUUUUAAUGAAAGCAUUAAGUUUGCUAUUUUAUUAAACACAACUGGAAUUCAGUGGAGGAAUCCCCGUAGAGCCGAGACUUCGGACUGCCGCCAUGUAGGAGUUAAGAGUUUGGUUUCUGUGACAGGAGAUUCUGCUCCGGUUAACGUGGAACGCAGUCCUCCCCGAACCUACGCGGACCCGUCGCACGAGCUGCGGCAGCUGUAGUGCACUCGGAUAAAAUUCCCCUUACAGAAAAGUGCCUUUAACUUUAGUUUUCGAUUUUUAAAUUGCGGGCUGAUUACAAGUGUGUGAAUAUCCUGCUGCUAAGCUAUUGGUAUUGACUUGGUCACAGGUCCACUGGUGACAUUAAAUGGCAGAGCCCUGUUUUCAAGUAAUUCUACCCGUAGGCUGUUUAUUUUCUUCUCUGUGUUCUGUGAAUUUUCUCCUGACAUUUUCUGUGCGGUGCCAAAUUCAGAGAGCGUGGUGCCUUUUGAGGGCCGUUCUGCUUCUUUCACUGGCUUGUCUUCUGACUCUCAUGAGGAGGAGUGCGGUAUUUGGCAAAACCGGCAGAAGCUGUGAAAGAAAAAUGAAGGAAGCCCAAGUGCAAAUCCGUUAGCCCUUCAGUAUUGGCAGCCAUCCUACACCUCUGCUAAUGUGCCUUUCCAAACGUGUGGGGAGUCCAGUGGGAGCAAAUGCCACUUCUAGGAGGUUUUCUCCGCUCUACCAGGCUUGUGCCAAGCUUGUGUAGGGGAGUGUCUGAAAACGCCAUCCAGGAGGAGUUAUGUGAUGGUUGAUAUUGAAGCAAUCCCAAAAUAUUCAAAUACAAAAUAAAGUAAACUAGACGAUUGACGUUAAAAUGUGCUGUCUGGGGCGCGCACGCUGCUUACUGGGGGUCUGCUCCAGAUAUCGAGUGUCACUUGAGCUUUGAUUGAAGGAUCACCGGUGAUGAACAAAUAAUAUGAAUCUUGUAAAGGGUGAAAAAUGUAAGCUUGUGCUUAUUGAAAAUGUGAAAUUAUUUUUAUUUUUCAUGUGUUGGAACACUUUGAACCACUGUGGGUAUCUUGGAAAAAGGCGGUUAGUGACAUUCCAAGUUUUUAUUCUAAGGGGGGGGGAUCUUCCUAAUUUUUGAGUUUCUCUCCUGUAAAACGUGAGUUUUGUUUUCUUCACUGACAGUCAAGA